GUUUGUGUCUUCCUUUACCAUUCAUUAUUUUUGUUGUGUUUCUUAAAAUUUCUAGAACCAACAUCGCUUUCUAACCAGAGUACUGGACCCUUUCCCCUCCUUUUAUAAUUGUCUCGUACAAGUAUUAACAAAGGGAGUACCGCCUUCAUCUUCAUGAGAAGUUAUGGUAUUGGUCUUGUAUAAAAUCUCAUCAGAAAAACUUUUUCCGGUGAUUGCUCAUGGAAGCAGAUAGGAGCAAACGCUUUAGUAAUCUUGUUCAUUCAAGGGUUUUCCUUUCUGGGUUCUAUUGCUGGGGCUGGGAAUUCUUGACUGCUCUCUUGCUCUUUAGUUCUUCCAUCUAAAUCCCCCCGUAAACGAUUGAGUAGGUUAUUUUUCGUUUUUAUUUUUUUUUAGUUGAAAACUAUUUCUUUAGAUUUUACUUUUAGCUUGAUCUCGGGGGGUUGGUGAAGUGUGCAUCGGGAAUACAAAAAUGGCGCAGAGGUCGGUUCCGGCGCCGUUUCUGAUGAAAACGUAUCAGUUGGUGGAUGAUCCAAAGACCGACGAUGUGAUUUCAUGGAAUGAAAGUGGCAACACCUUUGUUGUUUGGAAAACUGCUGAUUUUGCAAAGGAUUUGCUCCCUAAUUACUUCAAGCACAACAAUUUCUCAAGCUUCGUCCGCCAACUUAACACCUAUGGAUUCCGAAAGAUUGUUGUGGACAAAUGGGAAUUCGCCAACGAUAAUUUCCGGCGAGGGAGGAAAGAGCUUUUAACCGAAAUUCAUCGGCGGAAAACGGUGCAAGCAUCGACAACACAAGCGGCUGCAAAAGGAGCUGGCGCGAAAACAAACUCAGCCUCGAAUUCUGGUGAGGAUCUGGGGUCGACGUCGACGUCAUCGCCGGAUUCAAAGAGCCCGGGGUUGAUUGCUACGGCGAAAUUCGCGGAUCUUACGGAUGAGAACGCGAAGCUGAAAAAGGACAACGAAAUGCUGAGCACGGAACUGGCGCAGGCGAAGAAGCAGUGCGAGGAGUUGGUAGCGUUUUUGACGAAAUGUGUUAAGGUGGAGCCUGAUCAGAUCAAUCGCAUCAUGCGGCAAGGAAGCUGUGGGUCCAACCGUGAUGGAUUAGUAAGUGAUGAGGACGAAGAAAGUUGUGGAAAGUUGAAGCUAUUUGGGGUUUGGUUGAAAGGUGAUGGAAAGAAACGGGUUCGUGAAGAGAGCAGUAUCGAGUGUGGUGCUGGUUCACGUGACAUGAAGAACGUGGAGCUCCAUGCGCCGUUGAUGAAGACCAGCAAAGUUUGUAAUUGACCAAUCAAAAUGAUGAUUAUGCCCCCCUGUAGUAUCUGUGUUACUAUUAUUAUGGUUAUUGUUUUUUUUUUUUUUUUAAUUUUUGCAUGAUUGUGAUUUAGGUAAAAGUAGAGAUCAAACAAACGCAAAUGAAUCUCUACGAAGGGGAGUCCACCCUUUAUCAUGGAUAAUGUUAGAAAUUAUGGAAUGUGUAGACUUUGCUUCUAAUAAUACAGUCAAUAUCAUGUAUGUGUA